AGCUUACCUGUAUACAGGCAUUUCAAUACAAUACACUAGUUUGGUUUUCUAAAGACUUAUUGGGUGGGUAUUUUUAGAACGCCGGUCUGGGUUGGGUUAAAUCUUGUUGCCACCAAGAAGUCGGGGAAACUAGGAUAUUCCAGGAUUUUGGAAAGAGUGACACGGGAAGGGGACAGGACUUCACCCCAAAACCUACAAGCAAGAAUGAGGCCUUUAUGUAUCCUGCUUUUUGUGACCGUCACCUAUCGAUAUGUGGGUGCACAGGGCACUUGUCCGGUGUCCGGAAGCGAUAGUUGUCUAUACACAAAUAGAGCAUUUAUACCGACGACUAACAAUGACCCUAGCCGCCAUUACUAUAUAGGUGGACUUUUUGGCAUCCACGAGAGAGUCAAUGAUGCUUACGCAUGUGCCAGCGCCCCCAUACGAGAGGAAGAAAUUAUCAAUUUGGAAGCAUUCCUGUGGGCUGUCGAAAAUUACAGCUCCAAUCAUAUCGGGGUGUCGGUUGGUGGAGUGGCAUUCGACACUUGCUCUCGUUACCAACAAACCUUGGAAGACAUUCUGAGUUUCGAAACCUGCAAGAUUCAACUGAAUGACGUCAACCCACCUUCUCCACGAAAUCUCCUGGCUUACAUUGGGCCCGGGGACGACUACAAUGCCAUGUCGUCUGCACGACUUUUGAAGGAUAUGAAUAAAACACAAGUGAGCUAUGGAGCCUCCUCCAGUCUGUUGUCGGACAAACGAGAAACUUAUGACUUCUUCCUUCGGACGGUUCCCAGCAAUGCUAUUAAAAUGAAAGCCUUAAGUUCAUUCAUUCGUAAUUCACUGAAUGCAGAGUAUGUGCAGGUCCUUCAUGCAAACGACGAAUUUGGAAUGGUAGAGUACACACACUUUAAAGAAGAGGCUGCACAACGUAAUAUCUGCAUUGUAUAUCAUGCGGGUAUAUCUACAGAGCCAUCAGAUGCAGAUUUGGUAACUAUGGCAAAUGCAGUAGCCCAAAAAAAGGCAGCUCGCCAUGUAGUUGUUUUAGCCUCAAAAACUCUAGCAAGAGUUAUCCUCGAAAAGAUUAAAGAUCAUAAUCAAAAUGCGUUUUCAGAGCUGUUGUUCUUUGGGACAUGGGACUCCAGUGUUGUCAAUGGCCUGGGUGUGAGUGCAUAUGCAACAAGUCUAAAAAGUCCAGAUGCAUUCAACGCUGAUGUAGCUUUGUUUUAUAAUCACCUGGAUAGCCUUAAACUCAAAGAAAACGUCAAAAACAAAAAAUGGUUUCAAGAAUACAUGAGCACAAAACUGAAUUGCGUCGGCGAUAUCUGCCAAAACAAGACAAUCGUUGGUAUAUAUAAGAAAAGCCCACACGUCCCGUACAUUCUGGCUGCUGUGAAAGCUGUCAUCCAAGGCAUCAAAAAUGGUGCGAAGACGGUUUGUAACACCGGCGACCUGUGCUCAAAUUACCUGAACACCAACAACCGCGGCCAGCAGAUCUACACGGGAAUAGUAAAGGUCACAGAUGAAUCUGCUGGCAUCCCUUACUUUCAAAGCAGUGGAACAAUGAUAGGGGAUGCAUCCAAUUCAUUUAGUAAUCUAAAUAUUUACUUGCAUGAGGCACCAGAUGGACUGCCGGUGUCGUCUGUUAUCGUUGCCAAAUACGACACUAGCUCAGGACUAACCUUAGAAAAAACCCAGACAGCCUUUUCAUCGAAGUGUCCCAGCAAUCCUUGCUUGGAAUGCAAUGAGGUACCUAUAACUACUACAACAAUCUCCUCUUCAACAUCCGGGGUCACAGUUUCCACAACGACGGACCCGACAGAGGGCGGGAAAUACGUUGUGUUGAGAUUCCCUAUUGACGAGGAAAUGACCGGGAUAUAUGCACCUUCCACAAGUAGAGAUAUGUACGCUACAAGGUUUGAUAUUGGACAGAAAUGGAUUAUCGCCCUUGGUGUUUUAGCGGGUUUAGGGAUUCUAUCUGUUCUUGUCUUUGAAGUAUACAUCCUUUACAAGUUGCUUGGAACACGUAUUGGACGUCAGUGGCGCACAAUGUGGCUUGGUCAGUUGUUGUUGUUAGGGAUAUUUCUGUCCUACCUUACUCUUUUCGCCUUUAUCAUCAUACCCACUGAUGUGACCUGUGGUAUAACUAGGUUUGGGGUUGGCUUCUGUUAUUCCAUUCUUUUUGCUGUCCUGUUAGUCAAACUUAUGGUUGUAUUAACAUCGAAAUCCUCCGAAUCUAUCCUGGCGGACAUGGAAUCGCCAAACUACCUCAAGGGUAUAUAUCAGUUCCUAAUGUUUAUAUUUGCUGUCGGCGUCCAGGUUGUUAUAGAUGUGCAGUGGCUUAUCCAGGUUCCACCAUAUGCUGUCAAAGUCACUGCAAAUCAUGGCGGAGAAGAGUGGAUUUGCAAUCAUUUUACUUGGCAAGCUAGUAAAGGUUGGAAUGAUAUGCAAGAUUUUGUGAGAACACCCUUCGAAAACCAUCUUUUAUCUCUGCUAUACAUUAUGUUUCUUAUUCUCAUGACAACCAUUGUUGCAAUGAAAGCCCAUGGCAUCAUCACAAAUCACAGGGAGAGUGUGUUUAUCGGAAUUGCUGCCGGAUUCUCUAUACCCGUUUGGAUUGCCUGGGGGCUGGUUGGAGGAUUGAAUCGAGACCAUUCGUAUGCCAACGAAUACGGCGAUGCCUGCAUUGCUUUUGGACUUUUCGCAACAGCAACACUUUGCCUGUUCGCUCUAUUUUUACCCAAGGUACGACAACUUGUCAACAUGGGUGUGGAGGGAAUAUAUUUAGAAGAUGACCGAGACACCUACUACGCAGGCUCAGUGAUCAUGGCGCCACCUAGCUACAAGAGCAGACCAAGUUCAAUGGUAUAUGUUAAUUCAGGAGAAUACUCCAAUCCAGUUGUCAUUGGUAACGGAGAUCCAAACCACCUAAAACACCCAGGUAGUAUGUACAGCGGUCAUAGCGCCCCGGUGUAUACCAAACGAAGUGAGCUGGGAAGCAGUCGCGUCUUAAGGGUGACUGGAGACCUGACAGGGAAACACCCGACAGAACGCAGGCGCCCAGUAUCAGAGAUAGGCUAUUCCGGAUAUGCAGGGUCCUAUAGGAAAACCAGAUCAGAGAGCGGAGGGACACUUAGAAAAGCCCGCUCGCAAAGGGAACUUGGUGCUCUUUGAAGAUGGACGAAGUAAAAUUAAAGUCCUGCAAAAUGCUUAUAAAGACAGUUUAGCGAACUACCAUACAAUCCAUGAAAAUUGGCUUCAUGGACAAAACCUGAACAAGAACAUUCCCUUUAACAUUCGAACAUACCGAUGGUUUUCAAUACAAGGACGCGGUAUUUGAAAACGAAAACUUGCCAUGUAGCCAAGUACAUGAAAUAUUGGCUCAAAAUAUUAAUGUGUACUUCCGUUUUACCAUCUUUGAUUUGGCGGCUUAGAUUUAAGACUUCAUUUUUCUUCACUUAGGUUAUAACUAUAUCAUUGCAUAAUAAAUUUAUCCUGUAGUUGUGUCUCUGAUGAAGAAUCUCGUGUUUUGAGGUAUGGAAUUCUAUAAGACCCGCACUUUUGAUAUAUUGUCUAUUUUCAUUGGUAAAGAUUACACGUAUUUAUGCAUCUUCUCUGUACAGAACUUUUAUCAAAAUUUGUUUAUAAAUGUGUGUUAAUACUGAACUGUGUGAUAGUAGUAACUUUGCGAGCUGUAUAAAUGUUUGUUUUCCUUACCACCCAGUGUAUGUUAUUGGCUGUGAGGCUGGCCAGGUUUCAAAGCCUAUAUCUAUAUAUUUGUAUGGAUGAGUCACAUGAAAACAUUUCUUUUGUUGAGGUGCGUGAAUGUAUAAGGGUAUUUUUUUUUUUUUUUUUUUUUUUGCUUAUCAGAUUUGUACAAUAUGACAAUACUAGGUGAAAUAUAUAUAUUUAUAUGUAAUAAAAUAUUUUAUGAAAAA